AGGAGAGGGCCACCACAGCAAAGGAAUCGUCACUUCGUCCCACAAAACAAAACUCCAAAGAAAGAUUAAAGAAACCCAUCGUCUCUGCUCCUUUUUUCCGUGAGGCUGCGAUUCCUUUGCUAAACAGCCUCCUAAUCCCUCCUCAAAUCUUUCCGGACAGUGGGUUUUCCCACUUCUCAAACUUGAAUCCCGUAGCAACAAGUUUUCCGUGGGAUUCCGGGAAAAGCACGACCGUAAUUUUCCGGGAAUACCCUGCCCAUCUCCUGAGAUACUGAGAGAGAGAGAGAGAGAGAGAGUUGUAUGUAAUUUGAAGCGUAAUAGUCGGAGAUUCGAUUCCCUGAUGGAAUGAGCCACCAAACUGAAAAGAUAUUUAGAAAGAGAGAAUUUAUUUCCAGCGUUGGACUGUUAGAAAUAUAUAUUACGGUUGUCACUUGUCAGGUAUGGAGAGAGAUAAAAAGACAAUUAACCCACCUAUCGAAGAAAGAGCAUGUUUUGGCUGGUUCUCCUAGCCCCAGAGCCAGAGAAAGAGUUUUGUUGUUUUGUUUUGUGGGUACGCGGAAGAACAACGCAGAGAUGGGUUCGUUCGGGAUGCUUGCGAGGAGGGCUUUACAGACCGAGACGCCAGUGAUGGUUCAGAUACAGGAACUGAUCCGAGGUGCCAAGGAUGCAAUUUCGCUUGCUCAGGGAGUCGUUUAUUGGCAACCACCAAAGAGAGCUUUGGAUCAGGCAAAAGAACUUGUGUGGGAGCCUUCAGUUAGUCGUUAUGGUCCUGAUGAAGGUCUUCCUGAGCUUAGAGAGGCCCUGACUAAAAAGCUGCGUGAAGAAAACAACUUGCACAAAUCCUCAGUGAUGGUUACUGCAGGAGCCAAUCAGGCAUUUGUAAAUAUAGUUCUCACUUUAUGUGAUGCUGGGGACUCUGUAGUUAUGUUUGCGCCAUACUACUUCAAUGCAUACAUGUCAUUCCAGAUGACUGGCGUUACUAACAUUCUGGUUGGUCCCAGUAAUCAAGAGACACUUCAUCCUGAUGCAGACUGGUUAGAAAGGACUUUAAAGGAAACUAUACCAACACCAAAGCUCGUUACUGUUGUUAAUCCUGGCAACCCAUCUGGAACAUACAUCCCAGAGCCUCUUCUAAAGAGGAUUUCAGAUCUCUGCAGUGCUGCUGGAUGUUGGCUUGUUGUGGAUAAUACAUAUGAGUACUUUAUGUAUGAUGGCCUCAAACACUCCUGUGUGGAGGGUAAUCACAUAGUCAACAUUUUCUCAUUUUCCAAAGCUUAUGGGAUGAUGGGAUGGCGAGUUGGAUAUAUCGCGUAUCCUUCAGGAGUGGAGGGGUUUGCAACUCAACUUCUCAAAAUCCAAGACAAUAUACCAAUCUGUGCUGCUAUAAUUUCGCAGCGUCUGGCCCUUUAUUCAUUGGAAGUUGGACCCGGAUGGGUCAUUGAACAAGUGAAAGAUCUUGUGAAGAACAGAGCAAUAGUCCUGGAAGGUCUGUCUCCUUUGGGAAAGGAUGCGGUGAAAGGAGGAGAAGGCGCAAUUUACCUAUGGGCAAAACUUCCCGACAAGUAUGUCGAUGACUUUAAAGUAGUUCGCUGGCUUGCCACAAAGCACGGGGUGGUUGUCAUCCCGGGGAGUGCCUGUGGCUGUCCCGGCCAUCUCAGGAUAUCCUUUGGAGGAUUGGUAGAGGGCGACUGUCAAGUUGCUGCCGGGAGGCUGAAAAAAGGGUUAGAAGAACUGGUGAGACAUGGUAUGCUACAUUGACUAAACUCCAACACUCUUCGCUCUGCCUUUCUGCAUUUUCGUUUCUAUAGGAAAGUUUCUGUGUUCCGCUGCAAAUUGAUCAUUCGCAUGCAAAAAUAGUUGCAAACAUGAGAUCGUCAUCAUCCUAUUCGGGUCGAAACAAUUGAAUUUACAUUUCACCAAACUAUGUGAUUUGUUAGUGCAAAUUGAAACUUUUAUGCUUGCACCUGGGCUUCACUGAAAUUGUGGCUUUGAGAUCACUGGCAUUACAA